UGCUCUCACCGCCGCGCCGACCCCUCGCUCGUCGCUACCACCCUCUCCGCCUGGUUUCCUCCUUCCUCCUGCGCCGCAUCCGACUUCUCUACCGCCUGCUCCUACUCCUUCCCCGACGCGUUUUGGCCGCCCCGUUUGGUACGCUACUACUGCGUUCGUUCGUUCGUUCGUUCGUUCGUACCGUUCGUGUGUCCCCGGCCGAGAGAGCUCGUGCAGAGUGCUCGCUAACGUCUGUGAGGAGGCCCGUGUCGCUGGUCGCGCACGACGGCUCCGACGGCGACGAGUAGAUACACACACACAUAUAUACACAUACAUACAUACAUACAUACAGCUCGCACGUCGCUCGCCCGCGACACGAGCGAGCACCCCCGGGGGUCGAGAUCGCGAGCGGAGGUGUCGCGAGAGAGAGAGAGAGAGAGAAAGAAAAAGAGAGAGAGAGAGAGCACGGCCAACAGCAGGCCUACCGCGAGCCUCCACCUGCCCUCGCCCUUCCUUACCCUUUGCCCUUUUCCGGCUCGGUGACCAAGCGGCCGGCCGAGAAAAAAGGGGAUUGUCCGGGUGACAGCGGUGAGAAGAAAGGGCUCGUUCGCGCCGUGGAGGAACCCGGGAUAUCGCUCUCCCUUUCGCCGAUCGGUCCGCCAAUCGCGCGACGUGCGAGCCUCGGACGAGGAGAGGACCACAUUUCGCGCGUUGCCGGGCGCGCUGAGCAGCCGGCUUCAACGAGGCCUGUGUUGUGACGGACUAGCCCCCCCCCGAGUGAGCUCUGAGCAGCCGACGUUGACGAUGUCCACGCUGCCGAUAACGCCGCUGCUGGCGACGACGACGACGACGAUGACGACGACGAUCACGGUGCUCGUUGACGGCGCGAGAAGCGUCGAUCGCGAAAUCGACGAAUUGUGUGCGCAGUGACUCGCGAGAUACUGCGAAACUGCAAGUGGAUGCGUGCGUGCGUGCGUGCGUGCGACGUUGAGCGGCGUCGUCGGAACGUCAGCCGCGUUCCCGCAUCACGUCGCGCCGGACGGCCGGCUGACCGCCGUCGUCGGCCGCGCGAUCAGCCUUCUCGGUACCUAAGCCAGGCGUUCAACGUGGCCGAUCCUUGGACAUGGUGAGGGGGCAUGUUGGUGUGUCGGCGGUUGCUGCUGAUCGCAGCCGCGAUCGCGGCCUCGAUCGAGGCUGGCUCGGCUAGUUACUCCGGCAUCUCGUCGGACUACUCCGGAUACCCGAGCUACGCGGUUUACUCCGGAGCGACGUCACCCGAGUCCUCGUUCUCGUCGUCGAGCUCGACGACCGGCCCGACAUCGGACACCGCCAACGGCGAGUCGCUCUGCCGACCGUCCGAGUUCCAAUGCGGCACCGGACAUUGCGUCGCGCAGGACAAGUACUGCGACGGCGAGAAUGACUGCGACGACAAGGCCGACGAGCCGAGAUAUUGCACCCCCUGCAAUCGGACGUUGUACGGUGACGUCGGCCGGACUUACAGAGUGGAGAUACGCCGGCCAAGGGAGGAUCGACUGCCAUUCUUGUGUCACCUCAACUUCACUGCCGCCGGCUCCGAUCUCGGGGAUCUAGUCCAGUUAACUUUUGAUACCUUCACGGUCGGCCGCUUUCUAUCCUUUACGUCGGAAGGAUGUCCAGAUGGUUUCAUGACUAUUCGCGAGGAAGGUCGUCCUGCGACAGGAGGACAAUGGUGUGGCAGCGCGUGGGGCUACACCGUUUAUUACAGCGAAACUCCUUCCAUCAAUCUGACUUUAUAUUUACUACGUUUAUCGGACCAGGGUAUCGGCUACAACUUCGAUUUCAAGCUGUCGUACAAGUUCCUGCGAAGAAGCGAGGCGCAUCUCAGAUACGGGAACAGCAGUAUGUCCACAUGGCGCGGCGAGUUGGUGAACGGCACGUAUUGCGAUCGCGUCCUCACCAAAUGCGACACUAGGGCUUGCCGGCUGCAGUCGCCGAAUUAUCCCGGAGUUUACCCCAGGAAUGUCACUUGCUACUAUCGGGUGGAGCAAAACCGCGCGCCGGUGGGUCACCGAGCUCUGCUUGCCGUUAGUCAACGGAACAGUCACAAGAUACACAUUAAGGAUCAGGUCGUGAAGUACGACAGAAGUCAGCGGGUGCUGAGGGUGUGGGAUCAGUGCAACGUCGUGCAAGAUUACUUGACGGUAUACGACGGGGGUUCAACCUCAGACCGAGUGCUCGUAAGGCUGUGCGGAGGAGAUGCGGUGCCAGACAUCGUCAGUAGUCACAAUACGAUGUUGUUAGAGUUUCAUACAUCCCCGUACGACAAUCCGUUUCAUCCAGUUCCAUUAUCUUUCCUGCCAGGAUUCGAGCUCGAAGUUCAGGUGAUCUUCGUUGACGAGAAAUCACGAAGUUUCGUGAAGGAGAACGACAACUGCGACUUUUAUAUAUCCGGCGACGAGAACUCAUCGGGCAUCUUGGAAAACCCGAAGCACUCUUUGCCGCCGAACACGACCUGCCGCUAUCACUUCCAGGGCAAGUUCAACGAAAUCGUCUGGCUGUCAUUCGUCAAGUACUACGCCGCCAGCGUGGAAGCUGCCGCGAACAUCGACACUGCCGCCGAUUGCAACGCGAAGCUCUUGAUAUGGGAUGGCGAUAUCACGGUGGACAAGCUCGCCGCCGUUCGAAAGAACGUCACGCUGAUGGGACAGUUUUGCAAGGACGACAUACCGCGGCUCUGCGACCAUAGUCUGCUGCGCAACAGCAGCCGGCAUACGCGGCCUUGCAGCCUCGCGGAGAGCUAUGUGUCGACCGGCAGGGACCUCACCCUGGAGCACAUACUGCGCCAGGGUAGCGCACUCUAUCCGAUCAGUUUCGUGCUGCGUUACGAGUUCGUGCACGAGGCGAUUUCGUGCAACCAUGUGUUCGCCUCGUCGUCAUCGUCGAUCUCGACCGCGUCUUCCGCGUCGUCCCUGUCCUCUUUGUCAUCCUUCAACGCCGGCAAAUUCGCGUCGCCCAAGAGCGUGUUUUUCUAUGGCCGCGGCGGCGCGCAGAAUCUCAGCUGCGUGUACAGAUUCGAGGCCGAUCCCGAUCACCGGAUAGAGCUGUCCUUCGUCAGGGCGUCGUUCGGCGGCAAGAUCUGUGCGUCUUACGUGGACCCGCUGGUGAAUCGAUGGACGUGCGACCGUCGCAUGGCGGACGUUAGAAAGUUUGGCUUGGCGGACCUCGUCGUCGCCGAGUACCCUUGGCAAGGAGUUGAACUCGCUCGCGACUGCCUGUGCUCGAACGUGUCUGAAAGGAUCGUCGUGCGGACGCUGACGUCAAACGUGGUGGAGGUGAGAUUCACCGUCACGCUCAUGAACGUCACCCAGGACUAUCGGGACUUCUUCUUCGAGGGAGAGUACCGUUUCGUGCCGGUAGGCGCCGAGUCCAACGAGCAUGGUUGUUCUACGAGACUCGAGGAGCGACGGCUACGCGGCACCAGUGGCGAGAUCUCCCUCAGGAGUCCGUUGCCACGGGUGAUCCCCGGCGUGGCGGCGGUGGAGGAGAUUCUGACGAACACGGAGGACCUCACGGCGACGCAAUGCGUGAACGAGCCGUGGCUGAUCGAGCCCGAGGACGCGCGUAUCAAUUUCCUCUACUUGAGAACUGCCGGCUACAGCAUCACCUUGGACAACGUCGAAGAUUGCACGACCUUGAACCGAAUCGUCGUGUACUCAGCCGCGAACACAAAGGACCGCAGUGUGAUAUGCCCAGAGGGCGGCGUAGACACCGCCAAGACCGUCGACUUCUUCUCCGGCGGCUGGAAUUACAGCGCCGUGAACGCGAGCGUGGCGAUGGCGCAGCACUCCCGCAGCUUCGUCGUGGAGUUCUUGCAGCGGGAGCCCGGCUUCUACGCAGUCACGUGGAUCGCUAUCUCCAAGCGUUCGCCGGCCGCGUCCAACAUGGGUGCCAACGCGUUCACCAUAUUACCCAUGGAAGACUGUCCGUACAGGUGUCCAGAGAUCCAAGCGUGUAUCAGCUCGGUCUUAUGGUGCGACGGUGUGCGUCACUGCCCGUCAGGCUUCGACGAGGAAGAGGCCAACUGCUCGUAUCGUUUCGGCAUGACGCUGCUGUACGUCGCGGUGGGCGCCGGUGCUCUUGGUAUAUUCCUAAUCCUCCUGCUGGCCACCGGCUGCCUCAAGUACUGCCUCUACCGGCACAAGGCGCGUAAAAAGAAGAAGAACGUCGCCCUGAACGUCAAUCAUCUCCAUGUGAAUCACACCCACCACAAUAACGGCUUGACCGGUAGCCGGCUGAGCGGACGCUACAACUUAGCCACGCCCCAGGAGAUGUACCUGGAGAAUUAUGGGAAGGACAGUAUUUGUUGACAAUACGCCAUUGCCAAUAUCGAGACCACCGUGUGAA